AUGGUAAAAAAACAUCCAAAGAAUGACUGUGAUUUUGGUGAUACUACAGAGAAAUUCAACCAAUAUUCAGUCCUAAAUCAGUAUAUGAAAUUGUCCUCAGGAAAUGACUAUUGUCAGGAUAGCACAUAUAACAAAUGCUUUCCUGAAGAAGUAGGAUUUGUUCAGUCUCCUGAGGAACCCCCUGAAAUGCCCAUGUAUCAAGGUAACCUAGGAGGAAUGGCCUUUGGCUGGAGUUUAGACCUCUAUAGAUAUCCAAAACGUAAAAGUGUAAAAAUGGUUUCUGUGAGUGAUAAAGGUGGGAGACCUUUCAGUCAGAACUCUGAGCUUACACCUAAUCAGAUAAUCCACACUGGAGAGAAACUUUAUGAAUGUAAACAGUGUGGAAAGGCUUUUACAGUGAGGGGCCAUCUUGCUGCACAUCAGAGAAUCCACACUGGAGAGAAACCUUAUGAAUGUAAACAAUGUGGAAAGGCUUUUACAGUAAGGGGCCAUCUUGCUACACAUCAGAGAAUCCACACUGGAGAGAAACCUUAUGAAUGUAAACAAUGUGGAAAGGCUUUCACACAGAGGGGCAAUCUUGCUGCACAUCAGAGAAUCCACACUGGAGAGAAACCUUAUGAAUGUAAACAAUGUGGAAAGACUUUCACACAGAGGGACUCUCUCGCUACACAUCAGAGAAUCCACACUGGAGAGAAACCUUAUGAAUGUAAACAGUGUGGAAAGGCUUUUACCUGGAAGGCCUCUCUCACUGCACAUCAGAGCAUCCACACUGGAGAGAAACCUUAUGAAUGUAAACAGUGUGGAAAGGCUUUCACACAGAGGGGCAAUCUCACUGCACAUCAGAGAAUCCACACUGGAGAGAAACCUUAUGAAUGUAAACAGUGUGGAAAGGCUUUCACACAGAGGGACUCCCUCGCUGCACAUCAGAGAAUCCACACUGGAGAGAAACCUUAUGAAUGUAAACACUGUGGAAAGGCUUUUACAGUGAGGAGCCAUCUCACUGCACAUCAGAGAAUCCAUACUGGGGAGAAACCUUAUGAAUGUAAACAGUGUGGAAAGGCCUUUUCAGUUAGGGGAUCUCUUGCUGAACAUCAGGCAAUCCACACUGGAGAGAAACCUUAUGAAUGUAAACAGUGUGGAAAGGCUUUUACAGUGAGGGGCUCUCUUGCUGCACAUCAGAGGAUCCACACUGGAGAGAAACCAUAUGAAUGUAAACAAUGUGGAAAGGCUUUCACAGAGAGAGGCCAUCUUGCUGCACAUCAGAGAAUCCACACUGGAGAGAAACUUCACAAAUGUAAACAGUGUGGAAAGGCUUUCACACAGAGGGGCCAUCUUGCUAAACAUCAGAGAAUCCAUAGUGGAGAGAAACCUUAUGAAUGUAAACAGUGUGAAAAGGUUUUCACAAGGAGAGACUCUCUUGCUAAACAUCAGAGAGUCCACACUGGAGACAAACCUUAUUGUAUGGGAUAAAAUCAUGCAUUAUUCUCUAGCACACAUUAAUUAGUAUUAGUAAUCUUUGAUUUGCAACUUCCUAUAGAAAAUUAGUGAAAGGUAGGUACCCUUCAGAAGGGAGAUAGUAAUCUCUUCUUAUGAAGAGUAGAGAAAACCCCCUCCCCAAGCAGCUUUUUAUAUGUACAUAAAUAUAUACCUUCAAUUCAUUCUUUUAUGUGGCCAGAGCCCCCC